AUGUCACAGCAAAAUGAUGCUGCAACAUCACCAUUUCGGCGAUCAUUGAACCGGAUACGGAGAAGACGGCCGAGAUCUGCGCCUCCAGGACCACGGGUACUACUACUUGAACAUCACUAUCAAUUUGACAAAGAACGAAAAGAGAUUUUGCCCGGUGUAAAGAAGCACGACGACGAUUUUGCCAGAGAUAGUCACGACUUUUUCAAUCUCAUCGUAUUGAUUCCCAUAAUUGCCCUCAAUUGCAUGAACUGGAACUGGGAUAAGAUUUUCAGACAUGUUAGUGGUGCGGCAAAGAAGAAGGAAAAGCUUUUGGAUUCUUGGACAGGAGAGUGGUUUGAUGCCUUUCUCUUUGCAACUACGCUCUACUUCCUUAUAGAUCUGAUAUGGAUCUUGAUUGUUCCGAAAUGCGUUAAGAGCCCUUCAACAAUUGUGCAACAUCACAUUUUUACCAUGAUGUAUAUCCUGAUUCCAUAUUAUCAGCUUGACAAACGAUGGGCAAUGGGUGCAUGUAUGAGUUCAGAGAUCAACACAUGGUUCUUGAUAGCAAGAAGAGUCUUUAACAAAGAGGGGUUUCCACCGUGGAUAAUUGAUUUGAGCGUCGUUUCCAUCAGGAUCAAGCUAAUAUCGAUCUUGUUCUAUAUAACAUGGAUUGGUAUACGAUGCGUCCUAUUUCCGGCAAUCCUUGUUUAUUUAUUCAAACUAUGGAUGACGGAAUCCGAAAAGGUGGCUUCACUGUGGAACAAGGAAAUGAUACCUCCGUUGAUGCAAUCGAUCUUCUGCAUUUUCAAUUUCAAGUGGACAUUCGAUCUAAUUCGUUCCAAAUUCCGGUACCAUAGGAGAAAAGCGCGACAUAGACGACAAGGCUCAUCAACAAGAGCUUCAUGA